AUGGAUAGUUUUGAGAUGCAGCAGCUGCUGACUCCUAGUUGUUCCCCGACCCCGGACAACAUGAGCUGUUUUGUCGAUGCGAUUAAGUCUUUGCUUGACGAGAGUGACGUCACAACAAUUCAUACUCUCGCCCGACGCAUGAACCCGUUUAGAAUCGACUUCCAGCGAGUAGUUACGGGGAACACGGUCGCCGUCAAACCAGUGCUGGUUCUGGAAAACGGAGAGCCUCCAGAAUUCAAGUCUUUAAAUCAGACCUACCAGUCGUAUCUGAGUCCUGACCUCAGCACCGUGUCGAUAUGCGGUACGAAGUCAGACUUUUCAAUGACGAGCCAACACUCGACGGGAGAGGAAAAUGUCCUUGUGCACGAUAGCCCUCGAGGUAUGGAGUCGACGGUGUCGCCCAAUGCUACGGAAGAUUGUUCUCUCAUCGAAUCCGAGACGGACAUUCACUGUGUACGAGUUAUGGAAAACCAAUUGAGGAACAACUUCACCAAAGCGUCGUAUGGAAUAACGGAAAUUCAUAACAAAGCCUGCGGCCCAGAUGGAGACAUGAUCCGGCAACGACACGGUGGUGGGACGACUGCAAGUCCUCGGCCACCAUCCAGCACUACGUCUCGGUAUUCCGUGUUGGACACUCUAUCAACCUUUUCGAGCUCCUCUUCACGCUUUUCAACUGCCGAGCCGGUCCAGCGUAGAGGCGACGAUGGAUCCAUGGCUGAUGCUUGCUCCGAAAGCCCCUUUAGCUCGCAAUUCGACGACUUGGAGAUGAGUCAAAUCUCUCUCCCCGCGUGCUAUACGUCAUGGGACAUGGAACCAAACAUGUCACUAUCAGCGUCACAGUGGCACCAUUGUCAAGCACCAGGUGACCGACCUGGCAGACUGGAAAGGAGCACAUCCCUCGGACAGUCCCCUCGAUCACCCGCCCAGCCGCGACAAGACAUGUACAGCAACCUCUCCCCCGGACGAAACGGGUGCACACCCAACACCACCAGAGGCAUCAUGAAAGAGGCCCCGAACGGCGCAGCAGUCGACCCCGUGCGCCAAAAGAUCCUGCUGGCAGCGCGAACCUGCAUCCGCGCCGACUACUUGCACUUUUUGCAAACAAACCUCGCCCGCUGGAGCAAAGAGGGCCUCUGGCAGAAAGAGUCCCCCCAAGUCGCCGGCGCCAGCGUGCGCGAUUACGAAAAGCUCCGAAAUGCCUAUUCAUGCGUCUGCCGGCUCGACAAGCGCAUGCGGGACGAUCCCAUCCGCACGCGCAUCGCCCUGGUCCUCCUCCACCUCGAGUACGAAAACACCUGCGUAAGAUGGAAGACGGGGCGCCGGAACCCGUCCGUCGUCGAGACCAGGCUGGGCCGCGGAACCACCAGCUCCAUGAUCGACCAGAUCCUGGAAAACAUCCACCCGGAGUGGCGCGUGGCCGACGCGCGCCUGCGCGCCGAGCUGCGCGCCGACUUUCACAACCGGAAGCGAUACGGGAAGCGGUGGUGGAUACUGACGAACGCCCUCGGGCCCGGCUUGUUGAUUCUGUGCUCGUCCAAAAUCGCCGCCAUAAUCAAAAACACGGCCGUGACGAUUACCAUGCUGCGUGGUAUAGCCGACACGAUUCGGAGCUCGGAGCCGGCGGCGGUCGGUAUACUCAAGCUGGUGACGCCCGUGGCGGACAGCUUGUUCAGCAACCACGGGUACGCGAGUCAUGAUACGGAACAGCUUUUGCGGGAGCUGGGGACGUUUCAGCUUCCGGUGCUGGAGGACGAAGACGGCCACGUGGCGUGA